CAUGUUAAGUUCCUCCACAGGCAGGAAAUAAUGGACUUGGUUGACAAAAGUGGGAAGUUCAACAAAAAGUUUGGUGCAUUUACAGGCACAGAUGGUCCUUUAGGAAAGAAAUUAAACAACUCGAAAACUCGAAAAGAACUUGGAUGGGAGCCAAAAUAUCCAAGCUUUGCUCACUUCCUUGGAGUUUCCAAGUAACUCUUUCCUCUAUAUACUUGAUUGAAUGAAAUGAUGGUGGAAGAAGCUGGAUUUAGGUGGAAAAGAGAAUUUGACUUGAUGGAGCUGCUAGCUUUUUCACCAGUUGCGGUAAAUAAUUUUUCAUACACGAUGUUCUAAAGCAAAGAAGGGUGAUUAAAACCCAAAGAAUUUACAUUGGAAUAAUUUAAGUCAGUUCAUUGAAUUUUUUCAUCAAGGACUCGUUCGUUUGCAACCUUGAAGAUGCAUUUUUUCUGGAAAAUUUGGCUUUGUUGAGUAUCCUUGAAUGUGUGUAUAAUUUUUUUGAGAAUACCUUUUUUAUUUUCCUAAAUUUCUCCCCAUCUAUUACAAGGUUUAAACACUAGAUUUUUAAUGUAAAGUCUCAUACCCAAACCAUUGGCAUGUUGGCAUAUCAAAAAGGAAUGAACUUUAUGUAUUUAC